AUGGCCGCCUCCUGCGAGAUCCUGGCCAUGAGCAUUCUGCCCUCGGCCAUCUCCAUCUUCGCCACCCAAUGCUUGAUCCAACAAGGGCCGAUUGGUCUCAUCCUGGUACAGGCCACUUCCUGCUUCUGCGCCGGCCUGGUCUUCUGGUUAGGAUACGCCUCUUCACCCCCGGCUUGGACGCUCGAGACCGAGGAGCAGGCUCCGCGGAAGGCGCCGCCGAAGCUGCCGAUUUCCUCCUCACUCAGUAGGCUGGAUCUCAGCCAGGAUUUCUUUCAGGAGACGUCGCCGGUGAGCAUGUACCUCCGCAGGCAGGUGAGCAUUUGA